AUGUUUACAAGAACUCACGUGCGAGAUGUUGACGGAAGAUUUAUCGUUCGGUUGCCCUUUCGCGAUAAUAAGAAUAAGCUCGGUGAAUCUCAGAUAACGGCUGAGAAACGAUUGUUAUAUUUAGAGCAACAAUUUAGAAGCAAUGAGUUAUUUAAAAAAUUGUACAUGAAGUUUAUGCGCGAAUAUAUCAAUUUAAAUCAUGUGACAGUUGUCCCAAUAACAACAACAAAUUACGCUGUUUAUUUACUUCACCAUGGAGUAUGGCGAGAUUCGGCCGUUAGCACGAGGCUUCGAGUUGUGUUCGAUGCUUCGUGCAAGACUAGUUCUGGUUUGUCAUUGAACGAUACAGAGAUGGUCGGUGCCACAUUGCAGGAUCCAAUAAUUAAUAUUAUAUUACAAUUUCGAAUACAUUCUGUGGUAAUAACCGCCGAUUUGCAAAAGAUGUAG